AUGCCUUGCCUGCAAUCAGCUUCAAUUUGGAGUAGCUGUGAACACAAUUCAACGUCUCAGAUACUAACAGAACAUGUAUCAGAAUUAGAUUCUUCUUUCCAUUCUGUUCUGUCAUUGCCAUCAGAUGUGCCUCUUCAUUUUCACUUUGAAACAUUGUUUAAAAAGACUGAAAUAAAAGGAGAUCUUGCUGAAAAUAAAUUUGUAGGAGACUGUAUCAUAUCUCCAUCACCUGUACGUAAUACUUCUCCGAAUCAAUGGAGAAAUGGAUAUUCUCCUAUAUGCAAGCCUCAAAUAAGGUCAGAAUCUUCUGCACAGCUGUUCCAGGGAAGAAAGAAAAGACACUUGAGUGAAACAGCAAUAGGACAAAGAACUAGAUUUGAGGAAUUUGCUUUUCAACGUGCAGAACCAGAAUCCCAAAGCAAUUUUACUGCAGUUACUAAUGUCAGUGUUAUAUCAAGAACCCAAAAUUCAUCAUCCCAGAAUACUGCACGACGAAGAUUGAGGAGUGAGAGCUCUUAUGACAUAGAUAAUAUUGUGAUUCCAAUGUCAUUAGUGGCCCCAGCUAAGCUAGAGAAACUCCAAUAUAAGGAAAUACUUACUCCAAGCUGGAGGAUGGUUGUUCUUCAGCCUUUGGAUGAAUUUAAUUUAAUUGAAGAAGAGAUAGAAGAUCUCUCUGAUAAAGUCUUCUCCCUAAGACACAAAAAAUAUGAAGAGAAAGAGCAAGCCAGAUGGUCACUAUGGGAGCAAAGCAAAUGGCACAGAAGAAACAGCAGAGCUUACAGUAAAAAUGUUGAAGGACAGGACUUGCUUUUGAAAGAAUACCCUCAUGACUUUAGUAGCCAGCAGCACUGUGCUGCUGAGAGUCCCGCUGAGCCUCCUUCAGAGAGCCAGGAUCCCAGUACACACGGCUCACCUUCACUAGGUCAGACUCAAGAGAUCAAGUCUUUGUGGUGGGAACGACGGGCUUUUCCACUGAAGAAUGAAGACAUAGAAGCCUUAUUAUGCCAAGAUGAAAAAAAUGAUCAGAUUUGAAGAUCAAGCCCAGCUUUCCAUGGUGAAGUCUUCUGUACCAGUACACAAGAGAACAGCCACUAUCCAAAAAGGCAGGCAGAUGGAACGGAAGAAUACAAAACCCUUGGUCUAGGACUUACUCAUGUUAAAAAAAAACAGGUGACAGGGAAUAGGUUAAAAAAACUAUGUAACUGAACGGGAAAACGGGAGAAAAAAAUACGCCCUGUUCUCCAUCCCCUACCCCCUCCACAGUCACAAUUCCAGAGUAAGAGCAUGUAGUGCAUGGAUUAUUCUUUUAUGCUGUUUAUGAAACAGGCAAGUUAUAUCUCAUUUUCCUUCCUGAACCACAGGAGUAACUAGCUUUUCACCUACAGACAAGUGCUAGUCAUUUGUGUUUGAUGAAAAUCACAAGCACCAGAAAAUUAACUGCUGCAAUUUGAUGUCAGGUCACAUUACUGAGAAAAUAAUUUUUAAACAACUUACAUCCACACACACACACACACACAUAUACACAUAUCUGUGCAUCAAAUGACAGCUCUUCUUUUUUCUAUACACAUGGUUAUUCUUUACAUUGCCGCAGAAAUAUAUUAAUAUAAAAAUGUGUAUAGAGUAUACGUGCAUACAUAUACAAAUAUAAGUAGUUUUAAAAGACACUGGCAGUGACCACUCCACUUGAAAAUGCAUGUAAGAACCCCGUGAAAUAUAAGCUGCACUAUAAAUAAAGAAGCGCAGAUUUCCA